AUGGCAGGCCCCCUGACGUGGUCGUGCACCUGUUGUCUCAGGUUAAAGUUUAGUCCUGAAGAAAUUGAACAGAGAUACAAGAGUCAGGAGAUCGACCGGAUACUUGAGAAGGAUAGGCAAUCGUUUCGUAGGCAGGUCAAACUUCUCUUGCUUGGUGCUGGUGAGAGCGGCAAGUCAACCUUUCUGAAGCAGAUGAGGAUUAUACACGGUAUUAAAUUCGAGCCUGAACUAAUUAAGGAGUAUCAGCAUAUCAUUUAUCAAAAUGUUGUCAAAGGAAUGAAGGUUUUAGUAGAUGCUCGAGAUAAGUUAAACAUACCUUGGGAACAUCCUAAAAAUUAUGACAUAGGAUAUCAAUUGUUGAAAUUUGAGAAUACUACGUGCCUAGAUGCUAGGAUCUUCUUUCAUCAGGUACCAGGAUUGCAAAGUCUAUGGAAUGAUGCUUCUAUCAGAAAAGCAUUUGACAGACGAAGGGAAUUCCAACUUAGUGACUCGGUGCAAUACUUUUUGGAUGAUCUGGAUAGAAUUGCUAAAGUGGAUUAUAUCCCCACGCAUCAAGACAUCUUGCACUGCAGGAAAGCCACAAAGGGAAUAUCAGAAUUUGUUAUAAACAUUAAUAAUAUUCCAUUCCUAUUUGUUGAUGUGGGCGGACAACGAUCGCAAAGGCAAAAAUGGUAUCAGUGUUUUGAUUGUGUUACAUCCAUUCUUUUCCUAGUGUCAUCGUCGGAGUUUGAUCAAGUCUUAUUAGAGGAUAGGAGAACAAACAGAUUAGAAGAGUCCAGAAAUAUAUUUGAUACAAUUAUCAACAAUAUGAUAUUCUAUGGAGUGUCAGUGAUAUUAUUUCUAAAUAAAACCGAUCUGCUGGAGAAGAAAGUUCGAUCUGAAGACACGAAUAUCUGCUGGUACUUUCCACAGUUUACGGGUGAUUCACAUUCCAUGAAAGAUGUUCAAAAUUUUAUAUUGGAUCUCCUUGUAUCCGUAAAAAGGGAUCCAAAAAAAUCAUUAUUUCACCACUUUACUACUGCCGUUGACACAGAAAAUAUUAAAAUUGUGUUCAAUGCUGUCAAAGACACAAUAUUACAUCGUAAUUUAGAGUCGCUGAUGCUACAGUAAUAAUAAUGGAGAUGUGAUAUUAAAG